AUGCCUUCCGCAAUUGUUACCGGUGCCACAGGCAUCCUCGGCCGCGAAAUCGUCCUCGAGUUGGGCAAGAAUCCGCAGCAAUGGCCUACCGUGCACGCCCUAUCCCGCAGCAAGAAGGAUGCCUACCCCGACAGUGUUGUCCACAACCAUAUAGACCUCACCUCGUCAGCGGACGACAUGGCGAAACAGCUGGAGAAUGUCAAAGCCGACUAUGUCUUCUUCGCCGCAUACCUUCAAAAAGAGACGGAACAGGAGAAUUGGGACGUUAAUGGCGACAUGCUCGAGAAUUUCCUCUCCGCCCUUGACAAAACCGGCGCCUCGCAGCAAAUCAAGCGCAUCAUCCUCGUUACCGGCGCAAAACAAUACGGCGUCCAUCUCGGGCAGCCCAAGAACCCGAUGGUCGAAUCAGACCCCUGGCUCACCGGGCCAGACCGGCCCCCUAACUUCUACUAUCGCCAGCAAGAGGUCUUACACACAUACUGCAAGGAUAAGCCUAUCGACUGGGUCGUUACAUACCCGAACGAUGUUAUCGGGUUUGCGAAGGGCAACUUCAUGAAUCUCGGCACGUCCGUUGGGCUUUACGCCGCUGUAACGAAGGAGAUGGGACAGGAGCUGGUCUUCCCAGGCAGUGAGACGUUCUACACCAGAUUUGACUGCUUCACCUUUUCGCGCCUACACGCGCAAUUCUGCGUCUGGGCGGCCCUGGAGCCACGCGCUGGCAACGAAGCGUUCAAUGUUGUGAAUGGGGACGCGGAGAGCUGGCAGAACCUGUGGCCGAAGUUAGCGGCUCGCUUUGGGCUCAAGGUCAAGGAGGACCAAUUCUUGCAGGACGCGCCCGAUGCAAGCACUGCGGAGUUGGCGGAGCGACCGCCGCUGGCGGAGGUGGAGAAGGAGGUCGGGCUUGUGGGGAAGGUCAAGCAGAGUAAAGUUGAGCAGAGGAUUGACCUCACGAAGUGGAGCCAGAAGCCGGAGGUCAAGAAGGCAUGGCAGAGUCUUGCGGACCGCGAGGGACUGGAGAAGGAUGCGUUCGAAAAGGCCACUUGGGACUUCUUGGGGUUUGUGCUGGGCAGGAACUACGACUUGGUGAUUAGUAUGAGCAAAGCGAGGAAGCUUGGGUGGACUGGAUAUAUUGACACCUGGGACUCCUUGUCGGAGGUGUUUGACGAUCUUGAGAGCGAGAAGAUCUUGCCGAAGACGAAGUAA